GGUCGCUUAGACACCGGUUUCCGCCUCUCUCUUUUUUCCUGUUUCCUUUUUCACCGGCACUCUUCCUUCUAAGUAAGCUAAGCAUGUCAAUAAUAAUGUUAAGGAUAGUACUCUGAAUCGAAUGUGCUAAUACCGACUAUGUGACAGUCACAUGUUCUCUAUUUCAUCAAUGCAUAAUUUAGUUUAAUUAACCGGGGAACGCAAGAAGAGAUUGUUCAGAAACGGUGACGGUGUCGAUCCCCGUAAAAUACCCUAAAUAAAUAUAAUUAAUUAAAAGUGAUUAAUAAUAUUAUUAUUAAUAAUUAAUUGAUUGUUGAUAAUGAUAACGAAGGGUAGCGGGUGCAGACGGUACUCAGUAUCGUAUCAGUACACUUACACUACUCAGCCUACUGUCUGAAAGUGAGUAGUAGUAGUCACGGAAUUUACUGGGCCAUAGGCAUAGGCUUGAGGCUUGAGAGUAUAACAAUAACUGCUCACUGGUCGUAGUAUCCGAGGCGUGCCAUGUCCAUGUUGUCAGUUGUCUGUUGUAUAUAUGUGGUCUGUUAUUUGACUAUAAACUUGAUUACGGUACCAAUUUCAAUAUUUUCAAACAUAAAACCAGCAAUGCAUCAGUAGGAUUUUGGCGUAGAUGUUGUAAGCAUUCUUCUGUUUUAAAAUGUAAAAAAUCUUUCUUUUGUUGUUAAUGAUAGGACUAAGUCUAAGAGUAGUAAGAGUGACUUUAUAUUUUUGGAUAAAGGAAUUAUUACAUUUUCGCCUGGAGUAGGCCCUACUGUUGCUAUAUUUUUGUGAUUAGAAUGUGUAGAAUUUUUGGACAUAAUAAUAAACAUUGGAACAUUUUGUUGAAUAAACCCAUAAUAACUAUUGCAAUUACUAUUACAAAAGAACAAAAACGAUUUAUAAAAAAAAAGUAUCAUUAUUUAGGCUUUGGUGGAUUAAUAGAAGGAACUCCAUUUGACAAAGUUUUAAGGUUUUAAGAGUAAGAGUGUUGAUACCACACACAAUCCAUUAUUGAAUUUUAGAAGAGCUUGCUUUUUAUUUCAAGGUACUGGACAAAAUGUCUAUCUCACCAUUCAGACGAUAUGAUUCUAUAAAGAGCCGUCAAGCAAAGUCUUUCUCAGCAGCCGUACAGUUUCAAGAUGACUCUUACCACAUUUUGGAUAUAGAAAUUGAUAAUAAUGGUUUUGAGACAUGUCAAACGGGUAUAUGUGAUUUUGACCAAAAACAGAUUGCUUUGUUCAAGUACCAUGAGAUUCCAGAUUUCCUUAAAGGAAAUCCAUAUGUUGUCCACGGUUACAGAUCUCUGCUUCCAUUUUCAAUGUGCAUGAAAAGGUAAGCAAAAACUUAAUAAUACUUCUAAUAAUAGCUUUUUUGAAUCCAUUUUAAUUAUUUGAGGCAGUGGAGUAGCAAGGGUUAGUACCGCCCAGGGCAGGCCAAGGUCUUUGCUAGCCCCUUCCAUGAAAGAUAAAAACCUUGGCAGUUGGCCAAAAAUCCUGAAACUCAAUAUAAAGAAAAAAAGUGUCACCCUGGGCGGCCUGCACCUCAGCACCCCACUUCAUACGCCACUGAUAUCAUAUCAGAUGGGUGAAAAAUUUAAUGGUCUUGAAGAUAUUUUUUUUAUUGAGCAGGAGGCAAUAUUAUAUUUCGAGACAUAAAGGUUUUGCUAAUAAAGUUUGGAUUUGUUAUUUAAAAAGUAAUUUAAUUUAAGCAUUUAAAUAAUUAUUUCUAGUCUUGUUCUCUAUUCAAUUUUAUAACAUGUUAAUAAUAUAAUACCAUAAAACAGCCACACAAUUAUUUACAGUUUUUUGUAAUACUUGAUACCGGUAUUUAAAUUUUAUAUUUCUACAUGCUGAUUCUGUUUUGGCAUUUAUACUUUUUUCUUUUCAGUUUGUUGUUUUGGACCAAUGAGACAUUAAACAUCUGGACUCAUUUUCUAGGCUUUUUCAUUUUUCUUCUUCUCGUUCUGUAUGAUAACAUCGUAUAUCUACCUAGUCUGGGGGGAUCACUUUCAGAUCACAUUAUCCUUACUAUAGGACUCAUGUGCUUUAUGGUAAGUGGUAUUCAUCAAUGUGUUUGAAAUGCAUUUAAUUAUUCUUUUCUUUAAAAAAAAAAAAAAAAUCUGUGAUUUUUGUUGUCACCAAAGAAAUUUAUUUAAGUUAGUUGCUAAGGAAAUCAGUAUUUAUUAUUUUGUGAUCUAUUUUUUAAAUUUCAGUUUUGUAUGCUUUGCUCAACUGGCUUCCAUAUAUUCUGCUGCCAUUCUGAGAGAGCAAGUCGAAGAUGGCUAGCCCUGGACAUGACUGGUGUUUCAAUGGGUAUAAUUGGAUGCUACUUACCAGCUGUUUAUUAUGCAUUUUAUUGUCUUACAGUAAGUAAAUAUUUUCUUAAUAUUUGCAUGGUGUGUAAUUCUUUUUACUGUAUCAGAAAGACAAAAAUAGUGAAACUCAAUGGUGUGAUGUGUGGUGGGGUUUGUUAAUUCGACCAAUAAAGAGUUAAUUAAUGUCAGAAAUACUUCAGGAAAUAAUUAAUUACUAGCUUACCCACAGGCAUAUUCUUUUACUUAUGUUUUUUUAGGAUCUACACUAUAAAUAUUUUAAUAUAAUUGAUUAUGGAAAGUUAGAAUUAUUCUUAAUGCCUUUGAUUAUGUUAAAACUUUCAAACAUCAAUAAAUUAAUGUUUUUCCUACAUACACUAUUUACAUGCAAGGAGUUUAUAUAAGAAUUUUGGGUUUAAAUAUAUCAUCUCAAUAUAAAUUAUUAUUGCUGUUCAUAAAGAUGCCAAGAAUUUUAAAGCUGUUCAUUAUUUCAAGUAUUAUAGAAGUUUAUAUUUUAUUUUGAUUUUUCAGAUCUGGCGUGACAUCUACAUGUUCAUCAUCACAGUACUAUCAGCCUGCACUUUAAUGUUUCAGUUACAUCCACAUUUUUUCACUCACAGCUGGUUUUUUACACGGGUUGCUGUAUAUGUAGGACUGUCAGCAUAUGGGAUUAUUCCAACAAUUCAUUGGAUCUAUCUCAAUGGUGGAAUUUCUUCUCCAGUUGUACAGGUGGGCUAUUUCCUCUCUAUAGGCUUUGUCAUUUCUUAGACCGGAAAACGUCAUAGGGUACUAUUUUUAGAAGGUCAGCGAACAAAUAUUGCUUAAAACAUGGCAGCUUAUAGUGUGUUUCAGCAUAUCGUUCGGACGAUCCUUGUAUCUCGAGUUACUGUUACAUUUGCCGUUCAAGCAAUGAAGUCGCAUUUCAGAAAAUAGAAGUUGCUUAAAACAUGGCAGCUUAUAGUGUGUUUCAGCAUAUCGUUCGGACGAUCCUUGUAUCUCGAGUUACUGUUACAUUUGCCGUUCAAGCAAUGAAGUCGCAUUUCAGAAAAUAGAAGUAAAAAAAAAAUAUGUAAAAUAUUUCGUAAAAUAGAGUUGUAAACAAAUUUCAAGGACACUUCGCUAACAUAGUAAUACUGAACAGUGUUGACAUUUUGUCCGCGCUGAGUACCCGGAUGAUGAGUAAUAAUGACAUCAGUUCUAUUAAUAGAUUUCCGCCAUUAAAUGACAAGCCCUAUUAAGUUAAUUUCUAUUUUCUAAGAUGAUUUUUGUUAACCUCAUAACUUUAAAAAUAAUAUCUAAAAAAUAUUUUUUUGCAUUAGGUUUUCAUUUUUAAUUCAUUUUUUUAUUUUUAAAAUUGAUUCUGAGCACCUUUUAAGUUAUGAAACAAAUUCUAUUAUGUUCGUUAAAGAAUUUAGGUGUAAGAUAAUUUUCUAAAUUUCCUUUUAAAAAAAUAUAUUUAAUAUCUGUGUAAUUUUUUCUCCCUUCCAUUAGCAUGCUUGUUGCUUUCUGCAAAUUCUAUUAAAGGAACCUUAAAAUUUCGCUGCCCUGACACAUGUGCUAACUCACCCUGGGGUGGAACAAGUUUUUAAAACUGGCUGAACCUUCUGAAAGCUUUUUUCCUGCAAAUAAUUCCACUUCUGUUUGGGUCCAAAUGGUUUUGGGUUAUUUGCAGGUUUCACAGUAUUCCUUCACCAUGAUGAUGGGGUUGAAAAUUACAUUUUUCUCUAUAUAUAACUUUGUUUGUCAAUUCUAUGUUUCAGAUGUUUAUUCCAAAGGUGACAAUGAUGUACAUGUUGGGAAGUCUGGCAUUUUCAUUCUACAUCACUAAAUUUCCAGAAAGAAUUUUACCAGGUUUGUGACAGCUACUGAAGAAAUUUAAUUACCUAAACCUAUUCUCUGUUCAACUAAAACUUGCUCGGGGCAAACCAUUUGGAAGAUGAACUUCAUGAAUGGAUUAUUAAAUUUAACAGCUUACUAUACUAAUCUUAACAUCAUCAUUCUGUGAAUAAAAUAAUUAAAAUAUUCAAAACCGGGUAAUACUUUUUCCGUGGUUUUUUUUUUCAAUUGUUCAGGCCCAUGAUUUAUCAAAGGUGGUGUUUUACUUUCCCAUUUUCUUUGAAACAUUUAGUCUUGAAUUUUUAAAGAUUAUUUAUGCUCACUGGCUUUAGAACUUCUACUUUCCUUAAAUAACAUGUUUAAAAUUUAUACAAAUUUUUUGUUACAGGAAAAUUUGACUACAUUGGUUCUAGUCAUCAGCUGUGGCAUAUAAUUAUUGUCGUUGCUUUCUGUUACUGGCAUAAAUCAGGAGAGGAAAUUCUUAUAUACAGGAUGAACCAUGAAUGCCCAGCCUAACUCGCAAUAAGUUGGAUCAAAUAUUUACACAAAUUAUACAAACUUAUUUUUAAAUUACCUUCAUUAAAAAAUAACUAUUCAUUAAAUUUUUGUUUUAUUUACAUUUUGAAAUAAAGAGAUCAUGAUUUUGUUGAUAUCGUUGAAUUUAUUUUUUGGGGUUACCAGUAUUAAUUAGUAUUAUUGACUCUUUUUUUAUGUCUAAUGUAUAACAUUUUCAGUAAGUUUUGUAAGUUAGUUUUGUCCACAAGAGUUCUUGUUUGUGGAAUGUAAACUUUUUUUAUUUUAAAUGAUUGUUUUACUUACCA